AUGGUUGCCUCUCAGGCUCACAAGAUGGCUGACAUUGUUACAGAACAAUGGAUUCAAAUUCAGUGGCUUGAGCAGGCUCUUCAUAUUACACAAAGAAACAGAGAUAGAGGUGUGCAUAUCACUGUGCUGGUUAUAACAUUUGGCUACUAUGUACCUACAGGAACUAUGAACAUUGGUGCAAUUGGUUGCUCUUAUGUCUUCGUCGGAACCAAAGGCUCCUCGUGGUUAGCAGAAUUCAAAGGAAUAUGGUUCCAGUCCAGUGACCAUCUAGUAGAUGCAACUUUGCCUGCUACUGAAGUCAAAUCAUCAGAACUGAGUAUAAGGAAUGAUAGUGAAGAAAGAGAUCUCGUGAAUAUUUUUGCUAGUCUCAGUCUAAAGCCUUCAAAUCUUCCUGCUCGAGAUGCUCCUUGGAAUUGGUCAUGGAUGCUAUACACAGAAGGCUGGUCCAUUGAAGUGCUUGAUACAUCAAUAGGGGACUCAGGUGAUCCACAUGAAGUUCGUAACUCGGGAGAUAGGCUGAGCAUGUCAAUUACAGUCAAAGGGAUCUCAAUGAACUCGAAGUCGGUCAUUCUUUUAAAGCAUUUUCAACAAAUGAACGCAAGUGCUUCAAAUUUGAGGCAAAGAUUCAUGAAGUUCCAAAUUGCGUGA